AGCGCAGCAGAGAGUAUAAAUACCAUGCUGUUCUAUAGAUUCUCCCCGGUGCAUUUCCAAACUAAUUUUUUUACUCUCAACUGCUUUAUUGCUUCCUCGAGAUGCCAACUGCAAUGCCCAAUUCAUCUGAUAGAGAUGGUGAACCAUUUGUUGAAGUUGAUCCUUCUGGACGAUUUGGUCGGUAUGAUGAUCUGCUCGGUUGUGGUGCUGUCAAGAAGGUCUAUCGAGCAUUUGAUCAAGAGGAAGGUAUAGAGGUGGCGUGGAAUCAGGUGCAAUUGAGGAACUUUAUUGAAGAUCCUGUACUUAUCAAAAGGCUCCACUCAGAGGUUGAUUUGUUGAGAUCUUUAAAGAACAAAUAUAUAAUUGUUUGCUAUAGUGUUUGGUUGGAUGACGAGAAUGGCAAACUCAACUUCAUUACUGAGGUGUGCACAUCUGGAAAUUUAAGAAACUAUAGAGUUAAGCAUCGCCAUGUCUCGUUGAAAGCAUUGAAGAAGUGGUCAAAACAAGUACUUGAGGGAUUGGUGUACCUGCACACUCAUGAUCCGUGCAUUAUUCAUAGAGAUUUGAAUUGCAGUAACAUCUUUGUUAAUGGGAACAUUGGCCAGGUAAAGAUCGGUGAUCUCGGGUUCGCAACAAUAACAGGAAAAAACCAUGUUGCACAUUCACUCUUAGGCACACCAGAGUUUAUGGCACCGGAAUUAUACGAGGAAGAUUACACCGAGUUAGUUGACAUAUACUCAUUCGGGAUGUGCUUACUAGAGAUGGUUACAGCAGAGAUACCAUAUAGUGAAUGCAACAGUAUUGCCAAGAUAUACAAAAAGGUGACUACUGGAGUAAAGCCUCAAGCCAUGAACAAGGUGACUGAUUCAGAAGUGAAGGCGUUUAUCGAGAAAUGCAUAGGCGAGCCAAAUGCACGACCUUCAGCUUCUGAGUUGCUCACUGAUCCUUUCUUUUCUGAAGUCACUGUGGAUGAGGCGGAAUCAAAUGUUUGACUGCUUUUAAGGUAAAAUCAUAUCCUUGAAGCUGAUCUUUUUAACCGUUCUUAGAAUCAAUGUGACUUGUAAUUGUUUUUCUACUGAAUGGUCUAGAGCCUAUAACUACUGCUAAGUAUCUGCUUUCUAAUAAUUUUCAUUUCUUAACAUCUAUAAUGUAAAUAAAUGUUGGUAGUAGCUAGUACUGUGUUAAGUGGUCGAAUCGUUAGCUAAUUGAAUGAAUUACUGUAAA